GUGAAAUAUGUUCAAAAUAGCUUUUUUGAAAAAAUUCUGAGAAGUUGUUUUUCAUGUUUCGUGUUAUCAGCGGCGUGAAACGCGAAUGGCGAUGGUAAACGUAAAUUUCGAAAAAAUUGCAUCUUAUUACAUCAAACAUGUCUGUAACCAUUCACACCGAUAUCGGCGACUUGAAGAUAGAGCUUUAUUGUGAAUUGUGCCCCAAAACUUGCGAAAACUUUCUAGCGUUAUGCGGCACGGAUUACUACAACGGUUGUAUCUUCCAUAGAAAUAUCAAAGGUUUCAUUGUACAAACAGGAGAUCCUACUAAUACUGGUAAAGGAGGUACCUCCAUAUGGGGUAAAAAAUUCGCUGACGAAUUUAAAGAAAACUUGAAGCAUAAUGAAAGAGGCGUUGUUUCGAUGGCUAAUAAUGGUCCAAACACGAAUGGAAGUCAGUUUUUCAUCACUUACGCCGCUCAUGCUAAUUUAGAUUUAAAGUACACUAUUUUUGGGAGAUUAAUUGAUGGACUUGAAGUUUUAGACGAACUGGAAAAAUUACCUGUCAGCCCUAAAACGUAUAAACCUCUAACGGAUAUCAGAAUUACUCAUGUUACCAUACACGCAAACCCUCUAGCCGCUUAAAUGACAAUCUUGCAGCAAAAAAUUCAAGCCAAAUAUUGAAAAUAAUGAACGAAUCUUCCCCUUCCUUCGUAUUGAAUGUGGACUUGAGGCAUGGAAACCAGACCAAGAAACAAAAGAAAAUUUCUUCCUCACAAACUGCCAACUUCACUUUUGAAGCUGGAACUACAGAAGACGGAGUAGUCAAUUUUUCGAUAUAUAAGUUGAAGGAAGAAACAUCCGUUACAUCAGAGCCUAUUUGGCAAUCCGUUCAACUUUUGGAGGCCUUUGAUGUAUGCAUGAAGGUGACUGGUAAUUAUUCAAAACCGCUCAUAUCAUACGUUGUGUGUUACACACCAUGGGCAAACAAAACAUCAGUUAAUACUCGCACUUUUACUGCGAAUAUGAAUAGCCCUUAAACUUUUCCCCCAAGUUUGCUCAUAGACCCAAGGAUAUUCCUUCACCUACAUGUAAAACAACUUUUUUUACCUUUACACAAAAAACAUGUAAAUUUACACCAAAUAUAUGUAAAUGUAAAGUUAUUCAACCUAUCAGAAAUUAAGAAUAUAUAUUUAAUAACAGUGAUAAAGCGAAGAUUGUGAAUGAAUUUAAGAACAUUUUGAGUGAUUUACACUAUGAAAUAAAAUUAAACCAAUUAAAAACCUCGUAAUGU